GUCGUCAUCCUGGUUGAAGCGACUGGUGGAAUGCAGAAAAGUUUCUUCGCGGUCCUACCAGAAUAGUGCUACGAACCAGACCAUUUCUUCUUUUUUUCCUUUCUUCUUUCCAGAACUCAUCUCCCUGGCAUUGCCCGCAUUGAUCGAUCCGAACGAUACUGAAGCGAUUCAUAUAUACGUCUGCAUCCGCGGACCAUGUCACAGAAGACACCUCCGCCCGAGAAUGGGCAGGAAACGCCCAAUGCGUCUGGCGAGGGCCAGCAAUCUAAGUUUAUGCAACAAUUGAAGGGAUACAUCCCCACCAAAGCGGAUUGGGGCAAGUGUUUCUCGUAUGUCCGACUGCUGUUUUCCCUGGACUACACCAUGACCGAUGUUUUCCUCAUCAUUGCCGGUGUGAUCUUCGCCAUUGCGGGAGGCGUUCCUUUCCCCUUGCUCGGUAUCGUCUUCGGUGAUCUCAUCAACGACAUGAACUCCACCACCUGCGCCAGCUCCGACAAUGCGUCGGGAGAACUGUCGGACAGCGUGCGCACGAAGGUGCUGUACGUCAUCUACAUUACCAUCGCCAACUUCUGCUUUAUCUACAUCCACACGUCCUGCUGGUGCACGGUGAGUGAACGGCUGGCGCGUCGCUACCGGCGCCGAUACUUCGAGAGUGUCAUCAAGCAGGAGGCGAACUUCAUCGAAUCGCUUCCGUCCGGUGAUAUUAUCUCUCGUCUGGUCGGUGACAUCGAAGUCGUGCAGUCGGGAACGUCGGAAAAGGUCGGCCUGGUCAUCACAACCAUCUCGUAUUUCGUGGCGUCCUACGUUGUUGCCUUUAUCAAGGUGCCUAAGAUUGCGGGAAUGCUGAUCUCCGUCGUCCCUUGCUUCAUGCUGAUGUCGCUGAUCGGAGGCCACUAUAUCAAAAAAUACGCCGGACGCAUUGCAGAGAAUGCGAAUGCGGCCACGUCCAUCGCCACUUCCAGUUUGUCCCACCUGACUCUGGUCCACGCCUUCAAUGCCAAUGAUCGUCUGGAGUCUCGAUUUGCCAGCUAUCUCUCGCAGUCGCAUAAGGAUGCGCUCAAGAAGGCCUGUACCCAUGCUGCGCAGCUCGGUUUCCUUUACUUCGUCGCCUAUUCCGCCAACGCCCUGGCCUUCUGGGAGGGUGCGCAGAUGAUCUCUCACUCCGUCGACAAUGACAACAAUGGUGUUUCGGUCGGUGCUGUGUACACUGUCAUUUUCGUCCUUAUCGACGCCUCCUUUAUCCUGAGUCAGGUGGCACCUUUCAUCCACGUUUUCGCCUCGGCCGCUGGCGCCUCGGAGAGGCUUCUGACCGUCAUCAACCGGCCCUCGGCCAUCGACGGAACGUCGGACGACGGCGACAAAUCGGCCACCUUUGGCGAAGAUGAUAUCGAGUUCCACGACGUUCACUUCACGUAUCCCUCCCGCCCGGAUGUUCCCGUGCUGCAGGGAACCAGCUUCGUCAUCCCGCCCAAGAAGCACACGGCCAUCGUUGGACCUUCUGGUGGCGGCAAGUCGACCGUGGUCUCCCUUCUGGAACGAUUCUACGACCCCAAAUCUGGCAAGCUGACGAUCGGUGGCAAGGACUUCCGCGAUCUCAACGUUCGCUAUUUACGAGGUAACAUCGGUUUUGUGCAGCAAGAGCCGUCGCUGCUGGAUCGCUCCAUCCUGGAAAACAUCGCCUACGGCAUGGUCUCUUCGGCCGCCGAGAAACACCAACGCUUGGCCCCGUUUAUUCUGGACUCCAGCCUGCCCGAACUCGCGGAGAAGAUCAGGAAUGGCACGUCGGAGAAGGACGCUCUUUCCCACUGCGAUGCUUCCGUCACCGAGAUUGUCGACCUGGUGAAAGAGGCGACCGCCGCGUCCAAUGCGUUGAACUUCAUUGAGGCCUUGCCUCACGGGCUUGCGACCAGCGUGGGAACGGCAGGAAACCAACUCAGUGGUGGCCAGAAGCAGCGUAUCGCGCUCGCCCGAGCGCUCGUGCGUGAGCCAACUCUGCUCAUCUUGGACGAAGCGACGGCUGCCUUGGACUCGACUAGUGAGCAACUGAUCCAGGCAGCACUGGCCAAGGUCUCCGAGCGCGUGACCACGGUGUCCAUCGCUCAUCGUCUCGCCACGGCCAAGGACGCUCACAAGAUCGUCGUCGUCCAGAGCGGCCGGGUGACGGAGGAAGGCCCCCACGCCGACUUGGUCGCGCAAGGUGGUGUCUAUGCCGAGAUGGUGCGCCUGCAGAAUCUGGGCAAGUUGAGCGCCGAAGACCUCCAAGGCUCGGAUGAUGCGAUCCGCGUCUCUUCGGACAAUCAAUCUGCAUCGGGACUUUCCAAGCGCACGGAUGAUAAGGAGCCAUAUGUCGGCGUCAGCGCAUCGGACGUCACGGAAGACACCGUGGUUGGAGAAACGCCGCCCGGGUCCAAGGACGGCAAAGACGACGACAAGAAAAAGAAGAAGAAAAACAAGCGCUCGACAUGGUUCAGUACCAAGUAUAUCUUCUCUCUCGUCCGGGCAAACCUGCCCCUGAUCUUCCUGGGUCUCGGCAUGUCUUGCAUUAUCGGUGGCAGUUAUUCGGCCGAGGCAGUCGUGUUUGGUCAUACCGUGGGCAGCUUGAGUCCCUGCAGAGCUGCAGAAGACAUCAGCGACAGUGGAAACUUUUACGGGCUGCUGUUCUUCAUUCUGGCCCUGGUCGAGUUGACCGCCAACGUGGUGGGCGGUGCUGCCUUCGGCUGGGCCGCCGACAAGAUCCUCUACCGCAUCCGAGUCUUGUCUUUGCGCUCGCUGCUCAGCCAGACGGUGCAGUGGCAUGGCAUGGAGGAUCGCACGCCGGGAACCCUCAUCACCUACAUCACCGGUGAUGCCUCGGCUCUAGGUGGAAUCACCGGUUCCACCAUCGGUCUCCUUCUCGCCACGGCCGUGAACCUGGUAGCCGGUCUGGUAAUCUCGUUUGCGAUCGCCUGGAAGAUCACCAUCGUCCUGUUCCCGACUAUCCCCGUGCUCCUGGUGGCGGGUAUGAUGAAGCUCCGUGUCCAGGCCAAGUUCGCCGAGCGUCAUCAGAAGGCCUUCGCGAAGGCCACCGCGAUCACGGUGGAGGCAGUCGACAACAUCCGGGCAGUCUCGGCCUUCUCCCUGGAGAAGCAGUCCUACGAGGUCUUCGGCCGGGCGCUGAAGCAUCCCUACCGCGAGACGAUGAAGGCCAUCGCUCACGGAAAUGUGUGGCUGGCGCUGGCAUUCAGUAUCAGCAACCUGGUCUACGCGCUCGCCUACUGGUGGGGAUCCCGCCAGAUCGCGGAGGGGCGCUACUCGCAGACGCAGUUCUUCAUUGUGCUGCCCGCGCUGCUGUUCAGUACGCAGUCUUGCGGGCAGAUGUUCGCUCUCGCCCCCGACAUCUCCAAGGCCAAGGUGGCCUCGUCCAACAUCGUUGAGCUGCUGAACACCCGCUCCGCCGAGGAGGAGAUGGCGCCCAAUUCGUCGCGCAGCCAGCAGCCCUCCAGCAGUCUGCUCGAGGAGAAGGCUGCGGCCCAGGACCUGGAGGCCUCGGACGGGGCUCGGACGACGCGUUCGCGGACGUCGGACAGCGCCAUCGGCGCCCAGCUCCGCGGCGUGCAUUUCACCUAUCCCAAUCGACCGGAACGGCCGAUCCUGCGGGGUCUUGACAUCAACAUCCGACCGGGACAGUUCUGCGCGCUGGUCGGACCCAGUGGAUCGGGUAAAUCCACUACGUUCGCCAUGCUGGAGCGGUUCUACCGGCCCUCGCUCGGAUCGGUGGUCAUCGACGGCGUGGACGUGACGCGGCAACUGGGGACGGAAUUCCGCGACGAUAUCGCGCUGGUGCCGCAGGAGAACGUGCUCUUCGAGGGCACCGUGGCCUUCAACAUCGGCCUGGGCGCGUGCCCCGGACACGAGCCCACGCAGGCGGAAAUCGAGGAGGCGUGCCGCAUGGCCAACAUCCACGACGUGAUCACGAGUCUGCCCCAGGGAUACGAGACGAUGUGCAGUCACGACGGCAAGCAGUUCUCCGGCGGACAGCGACAGCGCCUGUCGAUUGCGCGGGCGCUGGUGCGCCGACCGCGCAUGCUGCUGCUGGACGAGUCCACCAGCGCGCUGGACGUCGAGUCCGAGAAACGGAUCCAGGAGGCUCUGGCGACGUUGGCCGGCCGCACGACCAUCGUGGCGAUUGCGCAUCGGUUGAACACCAUCCACCGCGCCGAUCAGAUCUUCUUGAUCGAAGAGGGCCGGUGCGUGGAGCAGGGAACGCAUCAGGAGUUGAUCCAGCGCAGCGAGACGUACCGAACCAGCGUGAUCCACCAGUCUCUCGAGACCUGAUCUCUCAGUCUAUCUGAAUGGACAGCAUCGAUUCUCUCGAGAUCGGGAGAUCUUACGACACCAACACAUACAUUUAUACACCCACCCACCCCCCUAUAUAUAUAUAUACCCAUGGACUUUUAAUAUUUGAGGAGAGGGCGACCUGCGACAGGCAUGACGGAGCAGGGGGAAAAAGACAGAGCGAGCAGGAUAGAUAGAUUUGGAGCCCAAAAGCCUCGUGUUGAUUGAAUCUAG